UUCUCUUUUUAAUCCAAGUUUUAAAUAAUGUGAGAUGUUUUGAAAUAAUUCACCACAUCCUGAGCAACACUCCUGUGCAGAUUAGUCUUUUAUGAAAAAUGGGGCUGUCAUCAGUCUUUUUCAGAAUAAAAAGUGUACUUUAUUUUUGUCAACGAAAUACAAGACCUUUGUUUGUUUGAACAAGCUACCGAACAGGUUUUACGAGUGUUGGUACAUAUGGAACCUCCCUCUUGCAAUAAUAGCAGUGAACUGACGGAGCCAGUGUGGGGCAAGGUUUUUAUUUUUUCAUUUAACAAAUACACAUUUACACAUAACUUAAGAAUAUAAUGCAAACUAGCAAAGGGGUAAAUCAGUUUCUUUCUACUAAAUGCUUUUUAAAAUAGCAUCAAAAGUGUGAAACUACAUUUCGCUGUUUAGUGAUACAUGUCAAUCCUGUUAGGUGGAACUAACAGGAUUGGCGACAAACAGCAAUGGCUCCAACCUUUUCUAAAGAAUAUCAGGCUGCUGUAGAAAGCCCUCGGCAGGAGAAAAGCAAAUAUGACGUUUGGCAGCUGUGGACCAGUGUGCAAGCUGAGGUCACACAAAAACUUGGCAACCCUUUGUUUGCUUUUGGCGGUGGCACUUCUAUUAAUCUAUGACCCAUUUCUACUCAUCUGGUGGCCUAGGAAUCCUGCUGAGAAAAGUGUUGUUUUGCCUCUGGAUAUGGCUACGGAUUCCAUUGAUGACAUGUAUGAGGGUUGCCGGUCUCAAACAGCCUCAGUGAUCGACCUGUUUGGCGUGUUUGAGUGGCACUACAACAGAAACUUCAGCAUUGCCUGGGCUUUAGUUGAAAGCAGUGCAAAGAAACCUGCCCACACACAGCUGAAAGAAGACCAUGCUAUCGUACUUUACAUGUACACAAAGCUGAAAUAUAUACAACACGUCUUCAACCAAGCAGUGAAAACAGGGAAACACAAGUACAGCACAUAUACAUUUAGGUUCCACUAUUUCUACUUCUUCCUCACUGAUGCAAUUCAAGUUCUGCGUGAAAACCAGACAUUGUGCAGAACCACAUAUCACAGGACAUGGGAACUGUUUGACCACAAUGUCAUCAACACUAACAUGCGUUUUGGUGCUUUUACCUGGGCAGCUUCAAGCAAGCAGUCUUUUGACUUUAAUGGCAAUGUUUCUUGUUUUGAGAUAUACUCAUGCUUUGGUGCUGAUAUAACACAUUACUCUGCUACAAAACAAAAGGGACAGGUGCUCAUUCCUCCUUAUGAGGUCUUCAAAGUCACUGAUGUCCUGACAAACGACCCAUGGUGCAGUGUGGUCUACAAGCUACAGAGCACCAAAGCGCCAAGAAGGGAUUUGAAUUGUAUAUUGAAUCAAAAGCAAUUAAAAAGAUAUGUUGAAGUUUAUUUGAGAUACUUGUAUACAUGGAGUGCUUGGAUGAUGUUAGCAUGCAUAUUGCUGUUAAUAAUAAUCUCUGUAGUCCUUGUACAACGCAAGCAGAAGCGUUUUGUGGCUGUAGUGCUGGGGGCUCUUCUGGUAAUGAUAGUUAUUCUGGUGAUAUGGAGAGUUGCUAUUUGAUAAAAGACGGUAUCUGGGGUACUUUUUCAUGUGUUGUCACUGAGAGAAUUUACAAUGUUUGAAAGUAAUAAGGAAAUACAAAUGUUAUGUCACUGAAACUAAACAAAUACAAGAAAUAAAAAAUACUAAGAAACUCUCAAA